AUGGCACGAGUUAAAAAUAGAUGGAUAAUUGUAAGAGCAGAAAUCAGCGAUAAAAAGAAUUCACAAGUAAAUUAUUAUGAACUAAUACUGAAGGAUACACUAAUAAAAACAGAAGUGGAAAAAACAGCGGAAUUACUGUUCGGAUUCCUGCAAGGCAAAUUUAUAUCAAACUCAAUAACAGUACAAUUCAUAAUCAGCACUGAGGCGCUGGUACUUUUCCAGUGCAAAAGAUGCUUCAUUGAAGAAACACUAAUAAUACUGAGGUUUAUAAAUAAAAUACAAAACACCAACGUAAAGUUUGAAGUAAAACAGGUUUCUGGAACUUUACACCAGGCGCGCAGAUAUAUACUGACGAAGAUACUGGACUCCCUGACUCAACUAUCACUCCUGGGACCAUCAGCAAUUGAAAAGAUUCAAGCAAAUAAGCCUAGUGUCAAACUCGUGGUUGCCAGCAUGAGAUACGCGAAUUUGAGGCUAGCAGAUCUAAUAAAUAGGCUAAGCGUUGUAAGGACGCCAUUAGCCACAAUACACGGGAUAAAAUCCACAUCUUUCUCCCAAAAUGGAGUAAAAGGAGCCACGCAGAUUAGAUAUUACAGCCCAGAGGUGAAGGAGCACUUCAACAACCCAAGAAAUGUCGGAAGUUUUGACAAGGAUGACCCUUCAGUAGGAACAGCAAUAGUAGGCAAGGCAGCCUGCGGCGACGUCAUUAAACUCCAGGUAAAAAUCAAAGAUAACUGCAUAGAAGACGCGUGCUUUAAAACGUUCGGGUGUGGCUCAGCAAUAGCAUCUAGCUCCUACGUAACAGAGAUAGUGAAGGGGAAGACGUGCCAGGAGGCACUGGCAAUCAAAAAUACAGAUAUAUCAGAUAAACUCAACCUGCCCCCUGUGAAGAUACACUGCAGCCUUCUAGCGGAAGAUGCUGUGAAGCACGCAAUAAAAGACUAUCUAAAUAAAAAUAAGGCAAAGAAAGACGAAUAG